UGGCAGCAAAUGUACCACAGUAAAAACAGAGCAGAGACAUGAAUCUACGAUCAAUGAGAAAUGAACCAGACUGCACACAGAGAUGGAGACCAGGACCCGGUCAGUUCCUCUGCAGUGAGGAUCAUCCUGCCUGCUGAACCUGAAGACAGGCCGAUUAAAGCUGCUGUGGGGGAGAAAGAUGACUUCAGAGAGUUUGUAGAAGAGCAGCUGAAUGAAAUCUCUGAGUCCAAACCGCUGCAGACCAGCAGUGGGGUGAAUAGCCUGACAGAGAGACGACACUUCUUGCAGAAUAUUGAAGGCAUUUCCAGGAUGGACAGAAAUACACUGAAGGCCAGUGACCAGCAGGAGCUGCAGAGGAGGGCUUCCCUCAGCCAGCAGGAGCCCAGCAGGAAGUUAACCUCUGGCAUUCAGAGGCGCUCGUCUGCUCCGUCUCUGGUCUUAAAUGAUGAGGGAACACAGCUUGAAACCUUCCAGUCCCUGACCUUGCAGCCUGAGCAUAGCAGAGAGUUUGGGACUUUGCAAGACCUUUUCUCUGGUUUAUAUAAUCCUCAGACAGCCCAAGAUACCCAGAGACGGACCCAAACACAGAUCCAGGCUCAGUACGAGGAUUUUUCCCAGGUUCUCAGCCAAGAACAGACCAACUUUAAUACUCCCCUACAGCCCCAAUAUUACACUCCACUGUUCUCACGCGUCCAAAUAAAAGGGAUCUCUGAUAUUCCCUUGAAGAUGGAAAGAGAAGAGAAAGUUAGUCAGUUACACGUCAACAGGUGUGGAAAGAAAUCCAGGUCAAGCGAGUCUUCUAGAGAAAAAAGUUUCAGGCACCAAGAAAUGAAAAACACAAGUGAAACUGGGGAGAAAAUUGUCACAGCACCUCUUAGAAGAAUGGCUGUGACCUCUGAGGAUCGAUGGGAACAAUCCAUGCAGCACAACAACUCACACGUCUGGACGCCCAAACAUCCAAACUCUGUGUACGAAUCAAAUUUAGUGCAACAUUUCAACAUUUCCCCCCCUCAGAGGGACGAUAAAGUCUCCCCUCGGGCCCUGAGAAAUCAGGAAGUUAUUGUUAGUUUUAAGACAGUGAACGACCACAUAGAGGGAGUCUCAGGCUUGAAUGUGGAAACUGGAUCCACAGGCUCUGAUGAAACGAAAACACAUUUUCAUCUCUGCCGGAGCGGCGAGUCAAGACCAGGAAGCAACACGGGCUCAAGUCAGGCCAAAGGUCAAAAACAAGCUACAACAAAAACAGCAUUUUUUCUCACCACGCCAAACAACACAAGUCAAGCUUCAACACCUCCAGAGUGCAGCACAGUUCACACGCGUUCCACUAGAAGCAGCGGUGGUAGUAGCAGCAGUGAGGAUGAAGAUGAACCAGCCUUUCAGUGUCCUCCUCGCCGUCUCAGCCUCCAGGAUUACCAUGUAAACCCACCAGAGGAUGAAGAGGAGGUCCAGAGACAGAACCCAGGGCCUCAGCGACAAUCCUGCACCCUCAGCAGAAAUAAUAUAACUCCUGGUGGUCAGAAAAUGUUGAGGACAAGCUCACUGAAACCACACAGGAGACCAGAUGUUACGUAUGAAACAACACUGGCACUGACGUCGAGGGGAAUUCACAGUCACAGAGUGGAUCGGAGAGAUGAGCUUGAAAGGCGACACGAAGGAGAUUGCAUCCUUUGUCGAGCCACGACGAGAAAUCAACACAGUCUCAACAAACUGGAAUCCAAAGCUGUCCAGGCCCUCAGGCAGCAGAUGGAGGCCCUUCAGCAGCAGCUUAAGCAGAGAGAGAGUGAUUGGUCCGUAGUUCGACGCCAGCUGGAGGAGCUGAACAGAGAAAACCACGAGCUGAAGGAGAAACUCACAGUUAGGCCACAGAGCUUUCUAGUGGCCGACAGACGUACUGCACAAACACACACUGAGACCCAGGAGCGACAGACGGAGAUUUCUUUUUCUGUCCAGAUGAAACCACUUCUAUCAAACACCUGCAGCUUGAUGACUUUCGGUAACGGAACGAGGAAAGUGAUUUCUGCAGACCGGAAGACAAAAACAGUCACGUUCUUAAAUGGAGAUAUCAAACAUAUUCUGGAGGAUGGGAAAACGGUGUAUUACUACGCUGCUUCAGAGACAACACAAACCAUUUACCCAAGUGGUCUGGAGGUCCUUCACUUCCCCAACAAGCAGAUUGAGAAGCGACACCCUGAGGGGAAGAGAGAGAUCUUAUUUCCAGACCAGACCAUCAAAUAUUUGGAGCCUGACGGCAACGAGAAGACGAUCUUCCCUGAUGGCACCAUCGUUCUCCUUUCACCGUCAGGUGAAAAGAUUGUAGACUUUCCCAGCGGUCAGAGAGAGAUCCACACUUCCCAGUAUAAGAGGAGAGAGUUUCCUGACGGGACGGUCAAGACCGUCUACCCCGACGGACGACAGGAAACCAAGUACGCAUCAGGCAGAGUACGCGUCAAGGAAACGGAGGAAGUCACUGUCUGACAACCUGAA